GUGGAGAGAGAGACAGAGAGAGAGAGAAGAUAGCAAAGCAGACAGCAAAGGCAAAAGCUUUUCGUGUCGGAAUGUGAAACACUUCUUAGCUUUUUUUUUUUAUUCCUUCUUCAUAAAGAUAUUGACAAGACAAGUGACAAGCUGAAAAUGCUAGUCUCCCUCUGUGGUGACUAGAAGAGGUGAUGCUUUGAAGAGACAAAGUUCAAAACGUAAAGGCUUUGGCAGUGAGAUUAAUGGACUGCACAGAGAUCAAAGUUGAAAUGGCUGAAGGGGAGCUGCUGGAGCCUCUUGUCAUCACCGAAGAGGGAGACGAAACCGAUGGUGUCACUGAAAGGAAAGCUGCAAGCGGUUCAGUUGUCACUGCACAGAGCUGCAGCGGAGAUCUGGCUCCGAAAAAGGAAGAGGAACAUACAGGAGAGGAAAAGAAUGAAGAAGACACAGUGACUAAAGCGUGUUUAGAAGAUCUGAGCCUGGAAAAACGUCAAAGCAGCACACAGGACGACCAGACGGGAGAGGCUGUUGUUAACAAAGAGGACAAACAAGAAGAUUAUAAACCAGAGGAGACAGAGAACAUGAAUAAUGGACAAAACACACGUGAUAGCGAGAGCGAAGGGAAGACACACGAGGUGACAAGGAUUAAUGAAAAACCUGAGGAAGCCGGUGUCACAGAGGAUGAAAAGGUUGUACAAAGUGACCCUGAAGUGGACAUAAAGAGGCUAAAUUCUUCUGAACAACAACAAGCCGAAGGGACGAAAAAUGAGGAGGAGGAUCCAAAAAGGGCUCACCGGUUAACUCCUGACUUCCCGGAGGCGCUGUACGAUCUGCUCUGCACCCUUCAGGAGGGGAGGCGACUCAAUGACCAGCGCUGCUCCUUCAGGCUGGAGAGUGGGGUCAGGAGGAGGAGGUGUCACUCUGAGCCCAACACCAGCAAGCCAGCCAACAGAGUCAUCUUUUCCUCCAUGACUUCACUGCAGAGAGAGGAGUUUUUUGAGUUUGUGGCCACUGCUCAAGCUCGCCGGCUGGAUGACCAGAGGGCACGGCUCGAAAUGUAUCCACCAGCAAAACCAAAGGCCAGAAGUUUCAGAGGCAGCAUAAAGCAACUUUCUCUCGUGAAAAAGCCUGCACCGGCUCCUGUGCCAGUUCCUGUACCCAAAGAGGAUCUGUAUAAUAUGAUUCUCACAACACAAGCCCAGGGCCGACUGGAGGACCAGCGCAGCAGGGCUCCCGGUCCUAUGGAUGAUGAAGACUUCUUUUCCCUGCUCCUGAGGGUCCAAGGGGGACGUAUGGACGAGCAGCGGACUGAACUACCCCGCAUGCUACAAACCUGAGAUAGGAAAAUAAACCUGUAGGACUACACUGGGAGCCACCCAGUACUGUAGCCUUUUCCAGACCGAUGUCCUGUUAUAACAGGGUUUAUUUUUGUUGUUGCUUCGUUUAAAGGCAUUGCUGUCCCUCUUGUCAGUGUCGGUCAGUGUUGAAGUUGUUGAGGUUGCAACAAAAACGCUAAUGUUUGAGCAACAGAGCUUUUAAUGUGACUUGAGGGACGUUCCUGAUGAGAUUUUGAAGUUUACUGCUAGUUAGAUAACUUUUUCUCUGUCCUGGUAAACAAGACCAAUAGAUUUGCUUUCUUAUCUCGCCAAGUGUUGGAUUGUAGUGGUUGAAUGAUUUUGUGUGUGUGUGUGUGUGUGCUCCCUUUCUUAAUGUGGAGGAGGCAGUCUGUGGUUCUCUGUAUUUUUUUCUCUCUUUAUUUGUACAGUAGACUUUCAGACACUCCAGGGAUGGUGGUGAGGAGAUAAAAGCUCCGAGGGCCACACAGUGCUUGACUGUAUAUGGGCAAAUAAACAAAACUGGAUUCAGA